AUGGGCUCCAAGUUGACGAGGCAGAGAAGUCUCGAUUUUGACUCUAAAUUGUCCAGGAGGAGACGCCAGAGGAAUGACACGGACACGGAGAAGAGCGGCUCCAGGAGCGGCUCCAGGAGCGCCUCCAGGAGCGCCUCCAGGAGCGGCUCCAGCAGCGCCUCCAGGAGCGGAGGGGACUGCGUGUUUACGUCGCUGAUGCUCAAGUCCGACAAGCUCCUGCUGCGCAAAAGCCAACGCAGCCCGUACGAGCGGAGGGUGGCGUGGAUCCGGGACAUACAGACACUGCUCCGGGAACAGAAGCUGGAGGAAGCCGCAGAAGUGCUUCAGCUGCUGCGAAAGGACUUGGGGCUCCAGGGAACCUCUCUCGAUGAUAUUUUGUACAAGAAUGCAGCUUUCCUCAAUCUGGUGGACCCGAUCUCCCAUGAACUCCUGCUCCGUCUGGCCAGGGACCUGCAGUGUCCCAAAAGGGAGACAGAUUCAUUCAAAUCCACCAAUAAGAUUUGCCGACAGCUGAUCUACCACCUGAUGCCUCACUCCAAGUGGAGCCGACAGAGCGCGCCCAGAACCAAGUCUCACUCCAAGUGGAGCCGACAGAGCGUGCCAAGGACCAAAUCUCAGGCCUGUUUGAAGACUACAUUGAAGAUGAAGCUUUCGGGUGACGUGGUUAAUCUCUCCGCCAUCCCGCUGUCAGGUCGGGACAUCCAGAAGGUGGCGCUGUACCUCCAGAGCAGCAGCGACUCCGUGUCUGCUGUGGACCUCAGCUUCACGGAGCUCCAGGAUGACGGACUCCGCCUCCUCCUGCCUUCCCUCGGAGGUAUGCCCAAACUCACCAUCCUGGCCGUGAAUGGCAACCGCUUGACCGCGUCCAUCCUCAAAGACCUGUCCGACGCCGUGAAGGACCCUCGGACGUUCCCAUGCUUGGCCUGGAUCGAUCUGGGGAACAACGUGGACAUAUUCACCGUCCCACAGCCUCUGCUCGUGGCUUUACGCCGGAGAUUUGGUUUACGCAGCAGCCUCCCCACCAUCUACGAGUACAGUGAGACACACUCCUUCAGCGGUUUCAGCCCCAACAUAGAGACGUCAGUGGAGGAGCCCAGUCUGUAUGAGGAGGCGGAGGAGGAGGAGCGCGAGGAGGAGCGCGAGGAGGACGAGGACCGGCUGGAGCUUCGGGCUUGGGGACUUCAACACCAACCGACCUCCAGAACUGUAGCGGUGCAUUUCAGUGGGAGGUGAUGGUCUGUUCCUCACACUGUGUCUGUGAG